AUGGAUGUCAUCGAGCUUGUCUAUGGGACUCUCUUUCUGUUACAGAUUGUGUUUGGGGUCUUGGGGAACGUGUUCCUCCUUCUGCUUUAUAUGCACAUGCUCUUCACCAACCGCCAGGUGAUUCUCCCAGACCUGAUCCUCGCCCACCUGACCCUGGCCAAUACCAUGGCACUUCUAAGCAGGGGGGUCCCUGACCUCCUGUCAGCUUGGGGACUGAAUAAUUUCCUGGAUGACGUUGGAUGUAAAACCCUCUUAUACAUUUAUCGAGCGUCCCGGGGCUUGGCCAUCUGCACCACCUGCCUCCUGAGCGUCUUCCAGUCCGUCACCAUCAGCCCCGGCACCUCCCGGUGGGCAAGGGUCAAAACCCAAUUACCCAAGUGCAUCCUCCCUUCCUGCCUCUUCUCCUGGAUCCUCAAUCUGCUGAUUGACAUGCCCACACCAAUUUUCGUUACGGGACCCCAGAACGGCACCAACAUAAACAGCAUCAUCAUCCUGAAAUACUGCUCCUCCGUCAGCAUCAGAGCAGUCACAGCCCUGGUUAAUGCGGUCCUGCUCUCCUUCCGUGACCUCUUCUUCUUGGGGCUCAUGAGCGUGGCCAGCGGCCACAUGGUGUUGGUCCUGCACAGACACCACCGGCAUGUCCGCCACCUCCACGGGCCCGGCCGCUCCCCCAGGGAGAUGCCCGAGGUUCGAGCGGCCAAGAGAGUCGUUGCCCUGGUCACCCUCUAUAUCCUCCUCUAUGGACGGGAUACAAUCACCCUGAGUUUUUUAUUUAAUAUGAAGAAAAUUUCCCCUCUCAUUCUUAAUAGCAACAACAUUAUGUCCUUCACUUUCUCAGCUGUCAGUCCAUUUCUGAUGAUUCUCAGUGACAGGAGGGUGAGAACGUUCUGGAAAAGGGAUUCUCCUAUUGCCAACUGGGAUCCCUCUUAG